UGCUGCUUCCUUCCUUACGCUUCUCUGCAGGCUCCUCCCUCGUAAGCACACUGUUCCUGUUUGGGUUCGUUUCUUUAUGGCAGAUAGAGAGCUCUGUGCCUGCAUCUUGGUGCUGCAGAGUAGCAGAGCAUGAGAGAGCCAGAGUUGUGCUGUGUGCUUUAGGCGGGCAGAAAGGAAGCCCACGGACCCUACUCCACAAUCAUCAUGAAUUUUGAUGGCUUAGACCCUGCUUUGGCAGAGUAUGCCCCAAGCCUGCAUCCUCCUUUGGACCCAGUCCUUGAUGCCCACUUGAACCCCAGCCUUUUGCAGACAGUGGAACUGGAUCAUGAAGCACUGGAAGGGCUCCCUGUAGCGGAUCCUGUGAGCAUGAUGGAAGGAAUGUACUCUGAGCUGCAGACAGCGGUGUCUGAGGUUGGAGUACCAGUUUCUGCUGUACACUUUGAUCUUCAUGAAGAGAUGUUAUGGGUUGGAAAUCAUGGGGGCCAUGCCACUUCCUUCUUUGGGCAUGACCUUGAACGGUAUUCCUCUUUCCAAGUACACGGCAGUAAUGACAUCCGUCAGAUCCAGAGUCUGGAGAAUGGGGUGAUGUUCCUCACGAAAAAUAAUCUGAAAUGCAUGACCCGUGGGGGGCUUAUAAUCUUUGACUAUCUGAUGGAUGAAAACAUCGACAAUCACAGUCUCCUGCUUACAGACAACAGCACUUUGCUUUUGGGAGGAAUGCAGAACCAUAUUAUUCAGAUGGACCUAAAUACAGUACAAGAGACGCAAAAGUACACAGUUGAGAUCCCUGGGAUCACCAUCAUGCGGCAGUCCAAUCGUUUCUUUUUCUGUGGGCACACAUCAGGAAAGUUAUCUCUUCGAGAUCUGCGUACAUUUAAAACUGAGCAUGAAUUUGAUGCCUACUCAGGCAGCCUGUCUGAUUUUGACAUUCAUGGAAACCUUGUAGUGACAUGUGGCUUCUCUAGUCGCAUGAAUGUCCUAGCCUGUGACCGUUUCCUGAAAGUGUAUGACCUGCGUAUGAUGCGAGCCAUCACACCCCUACAAGUUCACGUGGAUCCUCUUUUCCUGCGUUUCAUCCCAACCUAUACUUCACGCCUAGCUAUCAUCUCUCAGCGCGGUCAGUGCCAGUUCUGCGAACCCACUGGCCUUGCAAGCCCUGCAGACAUAUUCCAUGUUAGCACUGUGAGCCAAGCUAUUAUGUCCUUUGAUGUGUCAUCUAGCAAGCAAGUUCUGGCUUUUGGGGACUCUGGUGGCUGCACCCACCUUUGGGCAGACACUCCUGAUGCAACGUUUAACACCUACUCUCGUGACACAGAAUUUGCACUGCCGUGCAUGGUGGACAACUUGCCGCACCUGGAUUGGAUUCAGGAUCUUAUGCCGCUCUCACUUAUUCCUAUGCCUCUGACCAAUGAGACAAUCUUGUCAGAUUGGCCAGCUGUUAACUCCACACCUGCCCCUCGACGGGCUCCUCCGGUGGAUUCUGAGAUACUGCGCAACAUGAAGCAAGUUGGGUUUAUUGGAUAUUCUCCCAACCCUAGGACAAAACUUCGGAACCAGGUACCAUAUCAGCUGGAAAGUGAGUCUGACAUCUUUAACCAAGUUCCAGAAUCACCUAUUGGACGAGAGGAGGAGCCACAUCUCUACAUGGUGGCCAAAAAGUAUCGCAAGGUCACAAUUAAGUAUUCAAAACUAGGACUGGAAGAUUUUGACUUCAAACACUACAACAAAACCUUGUUCGCUGGCUUGGAACCUCAUAUUCCCAACGCCUACUGCAACUGCAUGAUCCAGGUGAUGUAUUUGCUGGAAGCAGUGCGAUGCCUGGUACAGAACCACCUGUGUCAAAAAGAGUUUUGCUUGAGCUGCGAAUUAGGCUUUUUGUUCCACAUGCUGGAUCUGUCACGGGGAGACCCUUGCCAGGCUAGUAAUUUUUUGCGAGCCUUCCGAACGAUUCCAGAAGCAGCAGCACUAGGGCUUAUUCUGGCUGACUCAGAUGAAGCGACAGGAAAGAUUAAUCUAGGCCGUCUAAUCCAGAGCUGGUGCCGCUUCCUUUUGACGCAGCUUCACCAAGAAACACAGGAGCUGGAAGGACCCCAAGCUUACCGAGGCGUUGGGAGCAGCAGCUCUUUCGCUUCCUCAGGGGGCUCUGUGAUUGGACAGCUGUUUGGGUGCGAAGUAGAAAACUGCAGCAUGUGCCGCUGUGGCAAAGAAACUGUGCGUGUCUCUACAACCCUGCUCUUUACUCUAUCCUACCCAGAGACAAACAGUAAUGAUAAAGCCCCACAGGACUUUGAGUUUGUAGAGGUGCUAAGGAGAAGUAUCUGUCUGGAGCAGAGCACGCAGGCUUGGUGUGAGAACUGUGAGAAGUACCAGCCCACAGUUCAGACCCGGAAUAUACGCUGCUUACCAGAUGUGCUUGUCAUAAACUGUGAGGUGAACAGCACUAAGGAGGCAGAUUUUUGGCGCGCUCAGGCAGAGCAUGCAUUUAAAAAAGCUCUUCGAAAAGCUGAUCUGAAUUUCCCCAGUGCUAACACUAAUGAGAAAAACAUUGGAGACUGGGAUGAUCUCAAUAAUACAGGAGUGCCACCACCAACCUUUAUCCCUUCAGUAGAAGAGCUUCGCAAUGUCUGGGUGCCUUGUUCUCUCAAAAUGAAGCUUUCCAAGACCAAAGGGUUGGAGGUUCUGAACUGCAUGGAGAAUGAGGAGCUGCUACAGUCAGAUGACGACAAAGAUGAGUCCACAAAUGUGUAUGAUCUCAUGGCCACUGUAGUUCAUAUCUUGGACCCACGUACUGGUGGCAGCUUGGUGGCUCAUAUAAAAGUGGGUGAGACAUACCAUCAGAGGAAAGAGGGAGUCACACACCAGCAAUGGUACCUUUUCAAUGAUUUUCUUAUAGAGCCUGUGGAUAAGUGUGAGGCUGUGCAGUUUGACAUGACAUGGAAAGUCCCCGCAAUUCUAUUUUACACGAAAAGAAACCUGUAUUCAAAGUACAAUUUAACAAUUAAAAACCCAAUAGAAGCCAGUGUUUUGUUAGCUGAAGCUUCUUUGGCAAGGAAACAGCGAAAAUGCCAUGCCACCUUCAUUCCAUUGCAACUGAAUGAAAUGCCACAGUCAGGAGAGCUCGUGGGACUUGAUGCAGAGUUUGUUACUCUCAAUCAGGAGGAGGCUGAACUUCGAAGUGAUGGUACAAAAUCUACAAUCAAACCCAGUCAGAUGUCAGUGGCUCGCAUCACCUGUGUCAGAGGACAAGGGCCUCAUGAGGGUGUGCCUUUCAUAGAUGACUAUAUCUCGACCCAGGAACAGGUGGUGGACUACCUUACCCAGUACUCUGGGAUCAAGCCUGGAGACCUUGAUGCAAAGAUCUCAUCCAAGCAUCUGACGACGCUCAAAUCUACGUAUCUCAAACUUCGUUUCCUUAUUGAUGUAGGAGUGAAAUUUGUGGGUCAUGGGCUGCAGAAGGAUUUUCGGGUGAUUAACCUGAUGGUUCCAAAGGACCAAGUGAUUGACACUGUUCAUUUGUUUCACAUGCCUCGAAAAAGAAUGAUUUCUCUCCGGUAUCUGGCCUGGUAUUUUCUAGACCUUAAGAUACAAGGGGAGACUCAUGACAGUAUUGAGGAUGCGAGGACAGCUCUGCAGCUAUAUCGCAAGUACUUAGAACUGAGCCGUAAUGGGACAGAACCAGAGAACUUCCGCAAAGUGUUAAAAGGGCUGUACGAGAAGGGCCGUAAGAUGGACUGGAAGGUUCCAGAACCAGAGGGUCAAAGCAGCCCAAAAAAUGCACCAGUGUAUUCUGCUAUGGUGGGACUUUAGGGUGCUUUUUAAUUUCUCUUAGUGACUUCCUGUUAAAGUGGCACUUACAUUCCAUUAGUAUUUCUAUUAAUGGGGUUUUAUUUGUUAUGAAUUGUGAACCCACACGUCUAAAGCCGUUCUGUGAACGCACUACAUCAAAUUUUUAAUAAAAAGAAAAUAAAGUCUG